AUGCCGAGCCUCAUCGGCUGCUGGGCGCCGCGAGUAGCCCUGAAGGGGCGGAUUCGCUCCCUUCGAAGCGUUCGGAGCGCAGCAAUGCCCAUCUACGUGCCCUUCCUCAUCGUGGGCUCCGUCUUCGUGGACUUCAUCAUCGUGGGCUCAUCGAGCGCCGCCGCCAGCUCCAGCUCCAGCGCCAACUCGGGGGCCCGCGCGCCGCCCACGCGCUCGCAGACCAACUGCUGCCUGCCCGAGGGCGCCAUGAACAACGUCUACGUCAACAUGCCCACCAACUUCUCGGUGCUCAACUGCCAGCAGGCCACGCAGAUCGUGCCGCACCAGGGCCAGUACCUGCACGCGCCGUACGUGGGCUACGCGGUGCAGCACGACGCCAUGCCCCUCGCGCCCGUGCCCCCCUUCCUGGACGGCCUGCAGGGCGCCUACCGGCAGAUCCAGUCCCCGUUCCCACACGCCGGCGCCGAGCAGAAGAUGUACCCGGCGGUGACAGUGUGA